CACAAAGUGACACACCUCUUUCUUCUUCAUUCUUCUUCUUCUUUUUCCUGGUUAUCGCAUCUAGGUCAGACCUAGAAGCUUCAUUGUUGCAGGAAUCGCCGGCGUACAUAUCCCAGCUACAAAGACGGCGCCGGUGAAGGAGGAGCUUCAGAUUCAAACUCCUAUGAUUCUCCAUACUUCUCAACCCUAAUCCAUCGUUAUGUCGAGGUUUUUGUCUGUUGGGAAUGUAAGGAAAGUUGUUCAUUCUGUUCGUGUAAACCGGGUGGCUUUGUACUAUGAAGAAAAGAAGUUUUCUGGAGCAUAUGUAACUGGAUUAACUUCUCCUCAUUACAGAUUGUAUUCUCAGUAUGUUUCUUCCAACUUUAGACAUGGUAUUUUCUCCAGAAACUUCUCUGUUAUCACGCCUAAUGGCACAAUUGGGCACAAUGCCCAAUUUUCUUGGAGGAGGCUUUUACAAAUGACACCAAAAACUCCCAAAAACUCCAUACCUGUAAAUAAGAUAGCCCAAGCUGUUAGCUUGGCACUUAGCCGCUCUUAUAUGGUUGUUCCUGGUAUAUUUGCUUUGGCAAGUGGUAAUAUAGCUUUAUCACAAUCCUCAUCUGAGUUAGACCCCUUUUAUUCGAGAGAUACUUUAUACACACGGGCUGAAAGUGGACAUCUAUUCCUUACAUCGGUAUUGUUCUCUGCUUUCGAAGGAGUUAUUUUAUUGCUUAGAGCUAUUUACUUGUCAAUUAUGUUCACACCUUGCGUUAUAAUGGCUCCUUUUGCUGAUUCUUUUGGUCCGGGGUUUCGAAAAGUAUGGCUUCAGACAUUUCAUCUUACACUUGAAAGAGCAGGCCCAGCGUUUAUUAAAUGGGGUCAAUGGGCUGCUACAAGGCCAGAUCUUUUCCCCCAGGAUCUAUGUUCUGAACUGUCAAAGCUUCACAUGAAGGCUCCUGAGCAUAGUUUUUCUUACACGAAAAAAACAGUUGAAAAUGCUUUUGGACGUAAGCUUUCUGAUAUGUUUGACGAUUUUGAGGAGGCUCCUGUAGCAUCUGGUAGCAUUGCACAAGUUCAUCGAGCCUCUUUGAGGUAUCGUUACCAGGGUCGUGAAAUGAAGCCUAUGGUGGUAGCAGUGAAAGUCAGACAUCCUGGUGUUGGCGAAUCAAUCAAACGAGACUUUGACAUAAUUAAUUUAGUUGCAAAGUGUUCGAAGUUUGUUCCUGCACUUUCAUGGUUAAGAUUGGAUGAGAGUGUCCAGCAGUUUGCUACUUUUAUGAUGUCUCAAGUUGAUCUGGCUCGAGAAGCUGCCCACUUGAGCCGAUUUAUCUAUAACUUUCGUAGUUGGAAGGAUGUCUCUUUUCCAAGGCCGGUUUAUCCUCUUGUGCAUCCUGCUGUUUUAGUUGAGACUUUUGAACUAGGGGAAUGUGUGUCACAUUACAUUGAUGAACUACAAGGACAUGAUCGUCUUAAAAGUUAUCUUGCUCAUAUUGGAACUAAUGCACUUCUGAAGAUGCUUCUGGUGGACAACUUUAUUCAUGCAGAUAUGCAUCCUGGGAAUAUCCUUGUCCGUGUAGCUCAAAACAAGCCUAUUAGGAGAAGUCUAUUCAAAUCAAAGCCUCACUUGAUUUUCCUCGAUGUGGGCAUGACUGCUGAACUUUCUAAAAGUGACCGUGUUAAUUUACUAGAGUUCUUCAAGGCUGUUGCCCGUAGAGAUGGAAAAACUGCUGCAGAAUGUACUCUCAGAUUAUCCAAGCAGCAGAACUGCCCCAAUCCAGAAGCAUUCAUAAUGGAGGUGAAGAACUCGUUCGAUUUCUGGGGCUCCGCAGAAGGUGAUAUAGUCCAUCCUGCUGAGUGCAUGCAUCAAGUACUUGAGCAAGUUAGGCGACAUAAAGUCAAUAUUGACGGCAAUGUCUGCACCGCAAUGGUUACCACACUAGUCCUUGAGGGUUGGCAAAAGAAGCUCGAUCCAGAUUACGAUGUAAUGCAAACAUUGCAGAGUCUCCUUCUUAAAGCUGACUGGGCAACAUCACUUUCCUACACCAUAGAAGCAAUCAUGGCCCCUUGAGCCAUUCUUCUUAAUUUUUUGGACACAAUAAAACUAACUUGUAUAAACAAAGGAUGGCGAUACAUACCAACCACAACCCACUACCAAAAAGAUGGUAGCAACAACCAUGUGCCUUGUUUUGGUAAAAUUAAUUUUAUUCUAUUUUUUGGUAUUACAUUAUUGAGAUUGGUUCGCUUGCUCGAAGAAGGAUUGUUUCCGAGCAUAAACAAUAAUAGUUUUGAGGGACAAAUAAAGGUUUCGACGAUGUUAUUUU